AUGGCGAAGAAGGCGCCGGAGUGGUGGAGUCAUGGAGAGUGCCCAGCCCCGGCCUCGAUCCACCUCGAUGCAGCCAAGGGCGCUCGACGGCGGCGCUCCAAUCCAAGGCGGUGCCGGUCGGUGCGGUGCCGCGACGGCUCCCUCUUUCGAUCCCGCACGCUCCCAGCUCCCCCUCCUGGUCCCGCGUGCUCCCUGCUCUCGGCAGACGGCAGCAGGCUAGCAUCAGCCGUGGCUGCGCCCAGCGUCCAGUAG